AUGCCUGGUCUUUCUGUACCGAAAAUCGACCCAAUGAAGCAGUCAAUCGUCAUGCGCUGGCUGAAGGAAGGUUUGUGUGAUGUGGCACGCCUAACGAUUGAUCUCCCCUUUUUCCAGCUAGAUGAUCAGAACAUCGAUCGUUACAUGUUCUAUCAGCCAUUUUACUGGCCGACAUACCGCUAUGCAGCACGUCGUGCACUCUAUGUGGAUCCGAUCCCGAACAGUCUCGGAUUCGAAUACCCGGAUUACUGGACCCGCUACAAGUGGUACACUGACUGGUUAAAUCCGACUUACUGGCGUCGCCAUCGCGAUCCCAACUACGACCGACCUCUCUGGAAUAGCUGGCGGCCAUGGCAAAUGGAUAGAUCGAACAUCAAGCGUGCUAUCGACAUGUACCGCAAUGGUCAUAUUGAUUUCAAGACGUUGGAUGAGAAAUGGAUCACACCGUCUGCAUAUGGGCGGUAUGGGAAAGACUGGGCAGAUGUCUACCUACCAGCCGGUUCGUUUCUCCCUGCUCUGAUUACUUUGUAG